UUUCGUCUCUAUAUACUUUGAAAUGAAAAAUAAUAAAAAUUUUGCAAUUAUAAUCAAUUCCAUUUUUACCCUCAUACGUAAAAGUUUCAUCACCAUCAUCAUCAUUAUGUUUUCGAGGAUUUUUUUAAUCAUUCUAGUUACCUGUUCAUCAUGUUUGGCGGAAUCAAACGUAUAUCCGGAGAUUCGAACACCAACGAACAUUAUUGUAGGCAAACAAAAUCCUGUUCAAAUUGGUUCAAACACUGUUUUGGUUGAUCAAUUCACUGGUAUCACAUAUGGACAUGCAAAACGAUUUCAACGACCAACACCAGCAUGGAAAUUGGAUACAACAAAAGUGAAAAUCGAUGCAACAAGACCAGCAAGAUUUUGUCCACAGCAAUCGGGUUUUAUUGAAAUGUUUAAAUCGGAAAUGACAGCAGAACAAAAACAAAUGGCACGUAUAAGCGAAAAUUGUCUUCAAUUAAAUGUUUGGGUUCGUAAUGUCACGAACGAAUCAUCAUUUACAUUAAAACCAGUGCUUGUUUGGUUCCAUGGUGGAUCAUUCAUAUCUGAUACAACAGCUCGUUUAUUGUAUCAAGGGCAGCAACUUGCAGCACGUGAAGAUAUUGUUGUUGUUACUGUUAAUUAUCGAUUAGAUGCAUUCGGUUUCAUGUAUAUUGGUCAUCAGAAUCAAACAUUAAAGACACAAACCAAUGCUGGUAUUUGGGAUCAAUUAUUAGCCCUGGAAUGGAUACAAGAACAUAUUGAAUAUUUUCAAGGUGAUUCAAAACACGUUACCAUUGCAGGAUUCGAUUCAGGUGCUACUUCAGUUGGACUUCAUCUUAUGUCGCCUAAAAGUCGAAGAUUGUUUCAACAAGCUAUCAUGAUGUCAGGAUCAGUAUAUACACAAUUGAUAUCGGCUCGUUCUGCUUGUAAUAUGAAUGUAGCUCAAAUGUGGGCUCAAAUGGCUUCGACGAUUUCUUGUGGUCAUGAAUGGACAGCGAAAACUUUGAAAUGCUUGAAGCAAGCUUCAAUUGAUAAAAUUUUACAACUAAUCAAUCCAUUUGGUCCAGUAUCCACUGGACCAGAAAUUGUCAUGGACCAAACAGAUGACCUUUUUCCAUUCGAUACACUAUCCGAAGCAAUCGAUCAGAUUGAUACAUCAAAAAUGGUAAUCAUGAUUGGCUCGACUGAUGAUGAAGGAAGUCAAGUUUUACCGAUGAUGAAUGAUAAACUAUUUCAGCAAUUUAUUUCUGAUCAACAAUUAUCAUGGAAUGAAGCUAUUGAACAAAUGGUACAAUUAACCUCAAAGCUAGUGCCACCUCGUGGUUGUAAUCAUAACAAAGUGAACGGAGAUGAUAUUGCCAAAUGUUAUCUAUCUGAUUCCAAUGUGCCAAGGAAUUUCAAAACAAUCGGCCAAUCUAUUGGAGAUUUCUAUGUUUCCUGUCCGAUGACAUUGUUUGCCGAAAAACUAAUCGAAAAACGACAAAAUCCUGCUCAAUUAUAUCAAUAUGUCUGGUCACAAAAAUCUCGUCCAAAUCGUUUUGCACCAUGUUUGGAAUGGAUGGGUGCCUGUCAUGGAACUGAUGUUCUUAUGAUGUUUGGCAUUCCGUUCAUGGCAUCCAAUGAAUUUGAUGAAAAUGAUCAAAAAAUCUCGAAAAAAUUCAUGAAAACUAUUGGCCAUUUUGUUCAUCAUGGUCGACCAAAUAUUAAAAAAUGGUUACCAUGGACAUGGAAUGAAACCAAUUCAUUACACAUGCCUUAUUCACAAUUCAUAGACGGUGUUUGGAAAUUCGAAACAAAUUGGAAACAAGAUCAAUGUCAUAAAGUAUGGGCAAAAUAUUUAAUGACCAACAAUGACGAUAAUCGGAAUUUGACAUGCAGGCGAGAAUCAUUUCAAUAGUAUAUUAUAAAUAAAUAAACUGUAUGAAUGCUGGUCAUGAAUUAAUCAAAACCGCUUUAAAAUUCAAAAAAAAAUUUCAUUUUAUCGAAAAAGUUUGAAAUAAAUGAUAAAAAUUUUAUUCAAUCAAA